GUUACUGUGCUCCCCAAAUGAAUUGACCCCUCCGUAGAAAUUGCGUCAUCCGUGUCGCUGACCAAUCAGAGGCCAGAGAUCUGCAUAACCAAGUCCCUUUUUGGACCCGCCGUUCCUUCAGACAACGUUGCAUGGUCCAGUAUCGCUUUUGUUAGCGUUUUAUCGCGUAUUUGGGUUCUUUAACAAUAGAUAUGGUUAAGAGGUGUAUUCGUACCCUUUCCAAAACCGAAGACCCAGUACGAAAAAUGUCUUCGAUGGAUCAAACUUUGUGGAAGACCGCAGCAUCAACUGAAUCUAUCUAAAAUCAACCGGGACAGAAGACCAAGUACGAAAAAUGUCUUCGAUGGAUCAAACUUUGUGGAAGACCGCAUGAUCAAGUGAAUCCAUCAACCGGAACAGAUGUUUGCACGAAGGUAAGCCCUAUAUUUGAUUUUCAAUACAUGUCUCAUAUAAGUGAAUUAGCAGUUCUUCGCUUGCAUAACAUAGCUACGUGUGAAUGACUGACACACUUGAUCUGUGUUGAGCGAUAUUUUGCGAUGAUUGGACUGCACAAUUUUGUCUCUGUUGGCGGCUACCGAGCUAAGCUAAACCGGACUAUGUUUGCACGAAGGUAUGCCCUAUAUUUGAUUUUCAAUCCAUGUCUCAUAUAAAUGAAUUAGCAGUUCUUCGCUUGCAGAACAUAGCUACGUGUGAAUGAUUGAUACACCUGAUCUGUGUUGAGCGAUAUUUUGUGAUGAUCUGACUGCACAAACGUGUCUCUGUUGGCGGCUACCGAGCUAAGCUAAACCGGACUAGCGAGUCCGGAAAGCCUUCCAUGUGCACCGAGACACCAAGACUGAAGGAAGGAUGUUUGAGGACACUAUAAAGUAGUGAUUGUCGUACUCGGUCGGGACUUAACGUAGGAUCGGCACUAAUUCAAGAAUAAUUAUUGAGGGGAGCGCGUGACGUUACACAAAGAAACGAGAGAAACAACUUGUAAAUCAAGCCUCGCCUUCUUUUCCUUCAUACGGCGGUUCACAAACGGCUAUACAGAUACAUAUACAGAUUCUGCACACAAGUGUGAUAUGUAACACGAAAAUAGGAAACUGUCAAUGACGGAUUUGUCUUUGGGUUAUAAUAUAUGAUAUUAUGUGGCUUCUCGGUCUUCCUCUGACUCCGGAAAGAUCUCGCGUCGAUAUGCAUGUAAAUACCAUUGAAAUACCCCUCGCUGAAAUACUUGAAGCCCUGCUGUCUGCUUUUGAUAUUUCACUGUUCGCUAAGAAUGCGAGUGAGAAAUCAGCUGGUAAAUCGGACAGUUUCGCUCUAGUCUUUUCUUCCUGCGCUGCCAUUUUUGCUAAUUGUUUGUCUGAGGUUAGCACACGUGGGGUGACGUAACUUCAGGAGGCGUGGUUAAGUGCCCUGUACGGAGGGGUCAAUUGUCCCACCCCUCCCACCGUCCCUUGUUGUUGUGGGUCGUCAGUCAAAUUUUGAAGACAAUUUCACUGCAUUGGAACUACAAGUAUCAUCUCCGUGUCACAAAGCCUUAUGAGGAAACCUCCACCAAGGCGAUGUCACAGAAUUGGCCCAAGAGGCCCCAGGGAAUCUCAAGUACGAAAAGAAUAAACAGAGCUGUCUGGAAUCCUAGAUUUGCUCCUUUGGCAAGUGUGGAACGAGGUAAUUUUCUUUGUGCUUAUAAAAAAAACAAAACACUUGUAUGGUUCACUAGAUUCUGUCCUGAUCUUGGAAGCGAUGUGCAUUGUGAUUUGUUUUCACAGUGUUCGAUGGCUGCUCAUGGUACCGAUCAGAAAAUAAAGGAAAGCACAAAAAAAAACCCACAUCUCGCCUGUUCAUUGAGCUAAGAGCGGAUUACAAUAUAUGCCCAAGAAUGUCUUGGCGUUUCAAUACGUAACAUGACGAAAUAGAAGCAUACUUCCUUUAACUUACAACAUGACUUUCGUAAGUACAUUUACUACAUGCUGACCUUGUGAAUGUCUUGUUCUAUCAGGUUUUAGUUUACAUAUGUGUGAGUACACAGUGGGGCGACUUCAACAUCUCAGGAACAGGAAAGGCAGUGUACUGACAGCCCAAACACACAGCCACAUGCAUCUACCCUCCAGUGUUUUCCCCGCAGCUCCCUUCGCCAUGAAAGAUGACCAAUAAAAAAGAGGAAACUGCUCUUCACAGGGAAGUCGAAGUGAUGCAAGGAGUGGCUGUCAAAGCACAGUGCAAAAGAACACAUUUGACUUCACGCAUCAUCAGUGACGCAUGAAUUUGAGAAACAUGAUGACGAUGCUAAUUUAACACAAGAUUGCCCUAGGAUUAUUAUCCAGUCCAGCCCAUUUUCUUUUGCCACUUAUCCUCAUGAGGGUCACAGGGAGUGCUGGAGCCUAUCCCAGCUGUCAACGAGCAGGAGAUGGGGUACACCCUGAACUGGUUGGCAGCCGAUUGCAUUUUAGGAUUAUUAUUUUUCAUUCAAAAAAACUUUGACUCACUUGGUUUGUAUGGAAUUUUGAAGCCUGAGAAUUUUUUUUUUCUUUAACCUCAAUUUUAGGUUGGAAAUUUCUGGGACUGUUUUCAGUUUCUCUUGUGUGUAUCCAUUUUAUGUUGAUGCAAAUAUCACAAAAGGCUGAAUGAGAAGGUUACUAUACUUGUGAAAGUAGACAUCAAAUGAAAUUAUUCUGCGAAUAGAAAACAUCCAAGUGUUACAAUGACAACGUGCAGAAGGAAUAAGUAUAGCAUAUUGCCUGUGCAAACUCAAACUUCAGGGAAAUAGCCAUGUAAAUAGCGACAAAUGUGCCACAUGACCUGUACUGCAAAUAUUUACACUGUUAGUCACUGGAAUUAUUAAAGUGGAACGAGUCAACAUUAAAAAUGAAAACUAAAACAAAUAACCUUGGCCUUCAGGGUCCAAUGAAGAAAACUGGUAAAAAUAUUCAAAUUCAGGCAAGAAUAGUUGUAAACACAAAACAGUAACAAAUUUUGAAUUACCUUCAUCUUGUCAUUGACAUGAAAAAAAAAACAGGAUGUGAAUCAUAUGGGCCAAGGAAGAAUAUAUCUAGAUGAAGGUACACGCAUUUACACAGGCACCUAGGAACCCAUGAAUGAUUGUGUUUUUUUGUUUUGUUCUAAUUUCAGAAUGACAGAAUUCGAGCCCCUUUUAGCCAGGAAAGCAUGUUUGCUAAUGAAAACACUCCAUUCAAGGGAUGCCAGACCUACGCAGAAUCAGGAAAUGAAACUUUUAAUAACACGAGAACCGUUUCAGAUUACAAUGAAAAUGAUCAUUCAUUUUAAAAAGUAACCUAAAUUGCUUGAAAAGUAAAUACCUGAAUUUGAUUCAAAGGUAGAAUUAUUUCUCAAUUAGAGCCUGAUGAGUUAUUUUAAUGCCAAAUUUCAAGCAUGUACAGUAGUCUGAUUAUUAUAGUAGAAACCGGCGUUAGCAGAGAUCUGUACUGCUUGUCAUUCUACAUACUCUAUAGGUAGUUUUUACACAUUUUUGAUAUCCAGUGCUAUAAAUGUGACAGACUGAUUUAAUUAUGAAUUGUCCAUGUCAUUCAUUAGUUGCAAAUAAAAAGCUGCCUUUUUGUUUUGUAACAAUGUAGAACACAAUGACAGUUUCCUGUAUGGCCACUGACAGUGCAUAUUUGAGACAACAACCACUUCAUUAUCGAAGUUGCCAAACACAAAUCCUUGUUGUCUUUAACAAGAGUGAUACAUAGUACAUUAUCAUGUAAGUGUAUGAACCAAUGUGUCUUAUCUUUUGGAAAAGGAAGAUUUGCAAGGGAGGUCAUGCUUGCUAUCAGGGGUUAAACGUAUAAACAUCCUGACCUUGAAGUCAUGGCAUCGCCUUUGCCUGGUAAAAACGGGCCGUGACGCUAAUAAUCCACAUUCUGUACAGGAUUACAGCCUGUUCAGGAAUGAUUAAUAAGCAGUAUAAAAUUGACAAUAGUGGAAGAAAUAAUACCCAAAUUAUGUGAAUAAAGCAUUUGGUGAAGCUCACAUUUUCAUGGGCAAAAAGGUCAUCGCCAAGGAUCGGGCACCUACAGUAUACUCCUGAAUCAACCAUAUCAGUUUCCCUCUUGUUCUGGGAUGACUGUUCCAAGUUGUUUUCUGUCUAGUCUCACCUUUCAUAAACAGAAAACAUUCUACACCCUCAAGCUGCAGUCUUCACAGAGAGGCUGAUGGGGGAUUCAGUCGCAUUUUUUUUUUAGACUCUAAUUCGAUUCUGUUGUCUCAGUGUGAAUUAACAAAGGCUCAGUUGUAACGCAUACAGUCGUCCACUUGAAGGGUGUUUGGUUUCUCCAUGGCAGUUAGUGUUACCAUGCUUUAUUCAUGACGAAUUCAUCAACGCUGAUCUCCCCAAAGCUGAGGAUGGUUGGAUAGUUUCACAGCUAACUAAGGGUGGGGAGGUCAGUGUUUGUCUCUUUAUGCUAGAGCAGUUGCACCGACAGGGCUACCAGAGGAGGAAAGCACGUGAGCAGAUGCAGAGCAGGGAGGCUAUGAGCCCACACGACUCCAAGGCACCUGGGGCAGAGGCCAUGGAGGGACACAAUCAGGGGCGAAUGGAGCCCACGGCGCCUCCUCCACCUCCUCCUUCCCCACCGCCAACUGGGCCGCCGGAAUACCCACGGCCGAGGCUCGUUUUCCACACGCAGCUGGCUCACGGAAGCCCCACGGGCCGAAUCCACGGAUUCACCAAUGUGAAGGAGCUGUAUGCCAAGAUUGCUGAAGUUUUCAACAUUUCUCACUCAGAGAUUCUGUUUUGCACCCUCAACUCCCAUAAAGUCGACAUGCACAAGCUACUAGGGGGGCAGAUUGGACUGGAGGAUUUUAUAUUUGCUCAUGUCAGAGGAGAGACUAAGGAGGUGGAGGUGACCAAGACAGAGGAUGCAUUGGGCCUCACUAUCACAGACAAUGGUGCUGGAUAUGCAUUCAUUAAGAGAAUAAAGGAAGGCAGCACUAUAGAUCGACUGAAGACAGUGUGUGUCGGUGAUCACAUCGAGGCCAUCAAUGAGCAGAGCAUUGUGGGAUGUCGACAUUAUGAAGUGGCCAAGAUGCUGAAAGAACAACCAAGAGGCAUUCCCUUCACUCUACGCCUAGUCGGACCCAAGAGGGCCUUUGACAUGAUUGGAAUGAGGACCAAAGCACCCAAGUCGAAUGAGGGCAAAAUAGCCAAGGGAAGAGAAACCCUGCGCCUUCGUUCCAAGGGUUCCGCUACUGUCCAGGAAGUGCAGAAUGAAUUUGAAGAGCAGGCCACCAUGAAAGUGGAUGACCUACUAGAAAGCUACAUGGGGAUCCGAGAUUUAGAGCUAGCAACCACCAUCGUGGAAGCAGGCAAAGACAAGAAGAACCCUGAUGACUUUGCCGAAGCUUUGGACUCAGUUCUGGGAGAUUUCGCUUUUCCUGAUGUGUUUUUGUUUGACGUCUGGGGCGCAAUUGGAGAUGUCAAGAACGGGAGGAUCUAGAUUUUUAUUGAGACCAUAGAGCGGCGCCCCCUGGCACAUCCAAUUAUAAGAAGGCACUGUAGCCUUCUUAUUUCUCACAUGAAUUUUUAAUUCAUUCAUACAUGUUUAAUGCUUGCAUACAUUUAGGAUUUCUGAAAGAAUCACUUUCUUUUAAAACUAUGGCAGGUACAGAAAUUCACGUAUUCUUUUUGUUAUGGUAUUUAGGCACGUUAUUGUUCACAAUGGAUUGUGGGUUUAACCACAGUGUAUAUUAUCAGGUCCAAUAAAUAAUGCACAAAAAUGUAUUGCAUUUACAGAAAGUUAAUUUUAAAUCAGUGAUGGAAAAAAAAAUCCUCACAAUCAAGGUUACAAAAAGGCCAAUACCACAAUAGUUGAAAUUCUAUCCAGUUUGGGGGAGGGGGAGGAGCAUCUGGAUUCCAGAGUAACUAAUAUAGUUUUUAUUCUCAUCAACAUUGUCAUAUCUGUUCAAAAUAAAUUUCCUGUUGGUCUUUGGAGAUAAUGAUUUGAGAAGAUCGGUCAGGAAAGAACUGCAACAGGAAAAACAUUUGAUCAAAAUCAGUAUCUUAGAUAUCCUUCAAUCAAUGUUUGUGAAUUUGUUUUUCAAAGCUCCUCAACAAUUAUAGUAAAAGAAAUAAAAAAAAAAAACACAUUUAUUUCAAAGGCACCACAUAUUAUUAGGAGGUAACAAAACAGUUUUGCUCUUUAUAAACUAAAUAUUCUAACUUUACUGCUAUCCAUCCAGUACAGCUCAUAAUGCAGAAUGUAUUAUUGCUAGCUGAUUUAGGGCUGAAAGCAAAGUUUUACUUUAACACAUUGUACAUACAGUACUCUCUGAAUGAUCUCCAUCUGAACACGUAUCUAUAUUUGGCAAUUUUCACAUUUUAAAAGAAGAAUAAAACAAUAUAGUGGUUAAAAGCACGCAAUUGAGUUUCUGCAUCAGUUCCCUAUUUUGCACAAGCAUGUUCUAUUUUGUGUAACACACCGAAGGGAAUAGGAACGAUGCAUUGAAAUUCGAUUUCUCAUAGUUUUAACACAAAGCAACUCCGCUGAGAAUUUUUCAAAACAUUCAAAGUUCAGAUGUCAGACAUCUUGGAGGACGUAAAUAAGGACAUAGUGUCAUAGUUCUCAACGCCACAAACAAAGCAAAGAAUUAAAUCUAUUCAUACACAAGGUAAUGCAAUGUGCUUUAAAAGUAUAAAAAAAACAAAUAAAUAUUUAAGCAUCUUAUAAACAUUUGAAAUAAAGAGAAAAAAGAAAGUGUUGUUAAGAGUGCAAGAAAUAUCAUUGAAAAGUGGAAAAACUUUACCAAACAUGAGAAAAUGAAAGUUUUUUGUCCUGUAAUUAAAAACAUUUACACUUGGGGCUGACAUAAACUCUGUUGGCAACUUAUUCCAUUUGUGUACAGCAUAAUAGUUAAAUGCUGCUUCACCAUGUUUGCUUUGGACUCUGCUCUCCACGAUUUAACCCGAGUUAGUCGAUCUCAGAGCUUCAGUGGCUUUGUAUUCCAUAAGCAUUUCUAUCAAGCAUUCAAGACCUAAACCAUUUAGUCAUGUAUAGAUCAGUAGCAGAACAUUAAAAUCUAUCACAAAGAUGACUGGUGGCCAAUGCCAAGACUUUAGAAUUGGAAUAAUAUGCUCUGACAUCUUUGUUCUGGUCACAAACUCGAUCUGCAACAUUGUGAAUAAGUUGGAGCUGUUUAAUGCUCUUUUGGAGGAGUCCAGUCAGAAGGACAUUACAAUAGUCAAGUCUACUUGAUGUUAAAGUACAGAUGAGCAUCUCGUUGUCUGCUUGACACACACAACCCUUCACUCUGGAUAUGUUCUUCAGAUGGUAGAAAGCAGUUUUAGUCACUGUUUUGAUGACGAUUGAAAGUAAAGCUUGUCAACCACAGCAAACAAAGUGUAAGUAUUAUUGAUGUUCUUACUGAUGAUUUCAGAAAAGUGUUGUUCCCUAGCGCCGACUAACUGAAGGACUGUCUGUAGGGGUCAUAGUCAAUUUGUACUUUGGUUUUUCUCCACUUACAUUGUGCUUUCCUACACUCUUGACCAUCAAUAUGCUGUUCCACAGUGUUCUAGCUCAUCUCAAGAUUGUCUUAGUUUUAAUAGGAGUGGCAGCAUUCAAGACAUUUGAUAUUUUCCAGGUGAAAUUUUCCAAAAGUUCAUCAAUUGUUUCACCAUUUACAAUGUGUGGCACAGGUAUAGUCUCCAUAAAAUUAGUGGCGGUUUUCACUUAUGUACCUUUCCUUAAUAGAUAAAGAGUUUGUCUGAACUUUUGGAAGAAUCUGUAAAAAACAGACAAAAAUGGUCAGAAAUAGCCUCAUCCCUAAUGUCAAUUGAUAGCCUUUAAACAUCCAUUUCUUUACACUGAAAUAACAAGCUAAAAAUAACGGCAAUACCACUGCCUUUUUUCCAUAUUCACCACUCGUACAUAAAAUUUAAAUUGUGCUGGUGUUGCCUCAUUUAAAAUGGUAUAAGAGCUACUUUCUGUUAACCCAAUUUCAUUUAGUAACAAAAAGUCCAGAUCAUAUGUUGUAAUAAUGUCAUUAAUCAACAUUGAUUUAUUACCCAAUUACCUG